UCCUUAAUCUACGGCCCAGUAAGAGAAAAAGCAGCGAAUCAAUAGAAGCCACGUAUCUGAAUCAUCAUCAUCAAAGAAGCCCUUCAUUGUUCUCCGGGUCGUGGUGUCGUCGUGAGUCGCGCGCGGCUUUCAUUACCGAGAAAACACAAUCAUAGAGAAGCUCUCAGUCUUGUUUGCUUAACUAUGAUUACUCUAAUGGAUCCCUCUUUACUUAUCUUUCACUUUCGAUUGAUUGUUUCUCGAGAGCGCGGAAAAUGUCGGAGAACCCUGCGGCGGAGACGAUUCCGGGUACACCCGUUAUCCGGGAGGUGAGAACCGGAUCCGGGUUCGAGAGUUUCAACCCGGUGAGUGCAAGGAGAGGAGUUGUGAGAGCUGAAGUCGAUAGUUCUCCACCGUUGUUUGGUGGUCGUCCCUUCAACCUUGAAGACAAUUUGGAGGGUGUGAGGGAAUUUGAUAUAAAGAGAAUGAAAAAACAGACUGUGGAGCUUGAGAAGGAUCUGAUUAUGAAAGAGUUAGAAACUCUUGAUUUUCUAGAAGCUCUUGCAUCAACCAAAAGCAUUGUCGAAGAUUUCAAGCGGCAGCUCCAGCAACAAGCAAUGAGAUGCAGGGAGACCCCUGAACAUUUGCGUUCACACAUCAAAGAGAUGAUCUAUGAACGCUGCCAUUUUAAUCCCCACAAGUCUCCAGAUCUGACCCUCAUGGAAUCGAAGCAGGCAUGUAUGAAUCUUGGUAAAACCAUGGAUGAUCUUGCAUUGAUCCAGCCCUAUGCUGAAUCUUUGAAUAUGACAACGAAGGAAGAGAAAGAUUUACUUGGAGCGGCGUCUCUAGCUGAGGAGCUUAACAGUCUGAAGUUAAAACCACAAGGUCAUGACCAAGGAGAGAGGUUCAAUACGGAGAAUUUACCUGUGAACCCACAAUGUGAACAGGUCAAGAUGGUAGUUGAAACCAAUGAUACAGCUUACCAUAAACAGAGCAAGGCUUGUCUAAGAACUGCAGAAAUGAGACUGGUUGCUGCAAGAAAAAUGGAAGAGGCUGCAAGAGCAGCGGAAGCACUUGCGAUUGCUGAAAUCACCAUGUUAUCCAGCGGUAACAACCAAGACGCUCUCUGCUUCCCGGAGCAACCAAGUUUUCCAUUAACACUUGGAGCACAGAUGAACAAAGAAUUAUCCACCAAUGUCUCAAAAAUAGAGAUCUUGAGAAAGCUGGAGGAAGCUAACGAAGAAGUCAAACAAAGUAAACAAGCCUUGGAAAUUGCAUUAAACCGAGUGGAAAUCGCCAGUGUGAAGCAGCUUGAAGCAGAAGAUGCGGUUCGCCAGUGGAACAUAGAAUCAUGGAAAGACCAGAAAGCUAUUGGACCAAAAGGAACGACGAAAAGAGAGAGCUUCUCUCGACGCUCCUUCUUGAGCCAUGUGAAACAGCACGAGCCACGAAUCUAUCUCACAGAGCCAAUGCUGAAACGAAACGUAUCAACGGGCAAUGUUCUAACCAGGAAACAAGUUCCUACUAUCGACGAUGAGAAUCAUUUGGUGACACCGAGGAGAAAGUUUAAGUUCAUUCACACACAUCAAGCUUCCAUUGGAGAAACAGUGUAAGCUAAAAACCCCAGCCUUUUGAAAACAUGUUUUGCCCACUUCUGUUUUUUUCUUUCUUGGUUUGAUCAUUGAUGCGUGUUGAUGCUUCUAUCAUAAGCAAACCCAGAUGAUUAGAGUGAAAGGUGUUGUUCUGACUCAAAUGUGACGAAUAUUGAAAAAAAAACAAACAAAAAAAAGCUUCUAGUAAUAAUCAUACUUAAUUAUGGGAGUUAGUGAAGGGCAUUGAUCAUAUGAUUUAGGUGGUGUGGUGGGCAGUUUCAUAAUUUCAUUAUUAUAUGAGUCUUAACUAAUGCAUUUUGAAGUGUUAGAUUAGCUAAUUAGGUGAUCCAUAAUCAAUUCCACAACUAUGUUUAGGUUUAGGUCUUCUAUAAUGUUUCUAGAUUCUCAAAAUAGAAACUGAAACAUAUAGUUGAAGAGUUGAAGAAAUUACGGAGAUAAAAAUAAAAAAUAAGUACUUUUUACGAUUUGACCCGCUUAUAGAGAUUUAGAAUGAUGACGUGGCCAAGACUUUUAAGGCAAUCUUAUCUUUCCAAUAAGUAAUAGCCACGUGUAUUAGUCUUCGCAACAAAGAUUUCGUCUGGAUUCCUCGUAUUGGCUCAGAAGAUAAGAAAAAAAAAGAAAAAAAAAAAAAAGAGAAAAUAAAUAAAGUAGAAAAUUUUGAAGAGCGGCGUGGGUUAGCAAAAUCAUAGCCUCAAGCUAAAAUGUGCCACUCCCAACACGUAGGCUAGUCUGUUUCCUGCGUGUCAAGUAUCCAACGGUACGUUCGUACUUUUUAAGAAAUUAGGUUGCUUUGGUCUCGUUUCGUGUCAAUAAUCCAAAAAGACAUCUUUUUUAUUUUAUUUUAUUGAUUUUGUUUCUCCCAAGCAUUAAAAUUGUUGUAGCUUUUUGAGCAUCUUUUUUUUAAUACCUUAUGCUUUGCUUAUAAAACGCAAAGGAUGUAUGGUACACAAAGAUCCAGAGAUCAAGCUCCAUGGAAACCAAAAAUAACUAAGAUCUCUCCUUAUUCAAUAUAGUCAAUAAACCAACGACCUAUCGAUCUUUAGAAAGAUCUGGUCGAUGAAUCCAUUGCAUGGCUGCCGGGCCGCGGCAUCCACCUCGACGGAUCGAGUCUCUCCGAGCAUGGUACCGUCUAGUUUCAGGGUAAGCCAUAUGGAGAAGGGAAGAUAGAAGAGAUCUCUAGACGUGGAUGGGUUUUUUUCGGUUCAAAGAUGGAAUAUACAUAUCAAUUCACAUUCGGGGUUAUAUAGUUGAAUCGGAAUAAAGCUUUGAUAAGUGGACUGAUCUUACCUAAGUGGGCAUGAUGGUAGUCCAGUCUUGUAUCAAUCUAUAUAUUUGGGUUUAACAUAUAGAACUAUUAUCGAUUUUAAGUGUUAGAGUAUUCUCCAUCUAAGUUCCGUUCAUCCCAGUUACCACAUUACCUCUAAAGGUGUCUCAAAAGGCAAGUCAUUUUUUUCUGGCUAUUCAAUGCAGUUUCGAUUACUAAUCAAAUACUACUACUUUCCACUAAUUUUUUCCUCCUAAUUUGUUAACUGUUUGUAGUGGAGAAAAGUUUAAUGGAAUUCUUAGUUCCUAGCA